GGAACUACAAUUAUUUGGCAACGACUUGCCAUUUCAACAUGAUUGUGCCCACCCGUAGGAUAGAUAGGAUCUGGUUCAUUUGGACAUUAGGGCGUUUAAUCGUCAUCUUUGUAAAUUCCAAAUUGAAAGUUGUUCCAAGCUGUCUUGUUUACAGUGCUAUCCCAUUUCUGACCACCGGAAUCGAUGUGCAUCCACUGCUGCCGCCUCCGUCGGACACCAUGUCCCCCGAUCCCCUACAGCUGUCCCCACUGCCCGGUGCGCACCAUCUCCAGCUGCUGUCCCCUGGGCAGUCGUCCCUUCGCCGAGAAUCCCUUUGUGAGGGGCAGGGAUCGAGAGCCACCUCCUGAUCCCUGUGACACCUUGCCACCACGCUGGCUGGAGGUCAAUCGUCGGGUGAUAUACGCCCUGGCAAAUAAGUUGGAUAGAUCCCCGGAAGCAGCUCAUUAUAUGUUGCUACGCCUGCUAUAUGCCAACUAUGGAAAAGUGAUGAUGAUUUCCCGAAAACGAAGGAGCUACAGGGUGCCUCUAAGUGGAUUUCCGGAUCAGGACCUCUUCUCCGCCAGUAACCUCUUCGAUAGUAACGGUUAUCUCUCCGAUCCCAUGGCUCCAGAAACUCUAGGAAAGCUGAUCCACAUGAUGCAGGACUAUAUCUUUCGGUUAAGGGCUCUGAAUCGCAAGUACAAGUGGUUCGGAAAUGGUGACGAUCUCGGAGAAAUACUACCUCUAUUGGGGGAACAAGAUGAACUGGUGAAACUGUUGAAAGAACUCUUUGGGGCCAGCGAUGUGGUGUCCAUUCCAAAUCUUCUGGGAGCUCUCAACGAACUGGAAAUAAAUCAAUUAUUCGGCAAGUGGAAGAAGAAAGCUGCACCUGGUCUCGUGAGGAGCAUAUCCGAUCUCUAUUCGGAGGUAACAGAACCCAAAAAUCCCGUGAUGAUGAUAUCAUUGUCAUCAGCGAAUGUAGGCUCUAGAGUAGGAUUUCUAGGGCCAUCUCAUAUUUCAGUUAAAAGAACUCCUGGUUCAACCAAUCUAACGAAGAGCCAAAAUCGAAGUAUAAACUCCGUUCCUAUAACCAGUUUAAAAUCUAUGCCAAUGUCCAGUAAAAAGACCAACCCGACUACCAAUAUAAAAACCACUCCUAUAAUCAAUAUUGGAUCUAACCCAACAAAGAACACAAAAUCUGCUCCAUACACCAGUAUUGGGAUAGGUAUUCCAAGUCCUAAGCCCAAAAAACAUGUUACCCUUCAAACCGAAGCCAACUCUACUAAACCGAAGACCACUUAUGUGCAGGCCGAGAUGCCGAUGCUGUAUUAUAAACCCUUUGACGCCAAGAAGAGCUCCACCUGGCUAUCCCGCCAUCCGGACUUAAAUCGAUUAAUGCCUGAUGCCCGGAUUGCCAAGGGUCGAGUUCGCCACUGUAAAAAUCAAGAGGAGCAGAAGAAAUUUGCCAGUUUGCGAGGGAGGUUACCUGUGCACAAGGAAAAGUCGGUCGGCAAUGCGGAGUUCGGAGAUAUAUUUGGCCAAACGCCAAAAAAAUCACGAAGGUCCACCAGGCAGUCCAUUAAAUCCUUGCCACCCAAGCAAAGGAAACCUUAGAAUCGCUUCAGGCAACCAUUGAAUAUGGCACCUGACCCAAAAUAUAUUUUUGGAGCAGCUGCCCAAUUCAAUUGCUGCGCUCUAGAAUAUCUUAAAGUAUAACAUAAAUAACAAUUAAAUAAAUUUCAAUA